CUCUCUCUCUCUCUCUCCGUAGCAAGAGGUGAUUUCUUUCUCUCCUUUUCUUUUAUUGGGUCUACCUUAUUAUUAUUAGUAUUGAUUUUUUGAACUGUCCACCCAUUUGCUUCUUUUCAUUUGGUUUUAUUUACCUUCCACUUUUGAGUUAUCUUUAUUUUUCUUUUGGGUUUACUCUCUCUUAGUCUCUCUCUCUCUCUCUCUCUCUCUCUCUCUCUCUCUCUAUAAUAACCUCCCAUCCACCCAACCAUCCAUUCUCCCCUCUCACCUUUCAUCAUGACAGACCCCUACUCUAAUUUCUUCAAUGGAUGGUUCAACUACAGAUCUCUUCAUCACCAUUUUUCUUCUUCCACCUCCUCUUCCUCCAACCCAUCUUAUACUCCUUACGCAUACAACUACUAUCAAAAUAAUAUCAUCAGCAGCACCGACAGAAAGAACUCUUUGGUUCACUAUCAGUCUCCUCCUCCCUCUCCUCCCCUCAGAGAAGCUCUUCCUCUCCUUAGCUUGAGCCCGACCAGACAUGAAGAACAAGGGGCCUCCUGCAGUGCCAUGGAUGAGGACAAGAACAAGCCUAAAGAUGAGAGCUUCUCUAGUAUUGCCGACGAUGAAACUGUAACUGUUGCCCUACAUAUCGGGCUCCCCAGUCCGAGUGCUGCUGAUCUGAUCUCUUCGGUCUCUUCAUCUACAGAAAAAACAGAGACGGAAGGCGUUACUGUUGCUUCAGGCUAUACAACGAACAGACUCAAUAAGGGCCAAUAUUGGAUCCCUACCCCUUCUCAGAUUCUCAUUGGUCCUACACAGUUCGCUUGUCCUGUUUGCUGCAAGACCUUCAAUAGAUACAACAACAUGCAGAUGCAUAUGUGGGGGCAUGGAUCUCAGUAUAGAAAAGGGCCGGAGUCUCUGAGGGGCACCCAACCAACAGCCAUGCUGAGGUUGCCUUGCUAUUGCUGUGCACCAGGCUGUAGGAACAACAUCGAUCACCCAAGAGCCAAACCACUCAAGGAUUUCAGAACUCUGCAGACCCAUUACAAGAGAAAGCAUGGAAUCAAGCCCUUCAUGUGCAGGAAAUGCGGCAAGGCCUUCGCCGUGAGAGGUGACUGGAGAACCCACGAGAAGAACUGUGGGAAACUGUGGUACUGCAUCUGUGGGUCUGAUUUCAAGCACAAGAGGUCUCUCAAGGACCAUAUCAAAGCUUUUGGACAUGGCCACGCUGCUUAUGGCAUUGACUGCUUUGAAGAAGAAGAAGAACCUGCGUCUGAAAUCGAACAAGAUGACGAGACCUCGCAGUGAUGAUACGGAUCAUAUCCAUGGUCCUUUGGAUAAGUGAAUAGUGACUCUUCUUAUGAGCUGGUACCCAGCUUACAAUUUUGGCUCUCUGAGUAAGCAGCAGCAAAACAUUGAACGUUGAAUUUACUUCUGAGAGCUGUUUUUUCUUUCUUUCUUUCUUUCUUUCUUUCUUUCUUUCUUUCUUUUGAUCUUAGUAUUGUAGGAACCCAUAUAGAAAAAUACAUCGAUAUCAAUGCUAGACCCAGUUUCUGUAAAUCCAUUUUUGUUUCAUCAGGUAAUGCUAAUGGUUUUUAUUA